AUCAGGGCUGACAGGGCGUGGAAAUUUCUUGAGACUACUCUGUAUCCCCCUUGUCUGAUUUGCAACUGAAGUAGUCGAGGGGAGGGGCUCUGCUCUAGACGUAGCAUUUUUAAAAAGCUGUGCUCAAACUCCCGGUACAUCUGAUCGCGAAAGAAGGUAGAAAGUGGACUGCUGAUAUUUUCAUAUUUUUGUACAAGCACAUCAGUAAAAUGCAUGAUUUCGUUCAUAUUGAGCUGACGCAAUGACAUGGAUUGACAUAGAUAGACGCAAUGAGAAAUAUAUAUUUCCCUUAUUUCGUACUUGAAAAUUACUAUGUCAAGGUUUCAAAUGACAUCAGCCUAUGCUACUUUUUCUGUAUUUUAUGAUACCUUCUUGAGACUGUUGAGAAUAUAUAUUUUAAGAAGAAACAGGAUUUUAAAAAAUUUUAUCUGUCAUCUUCAGGCCAGCACAUCAGAUAUUUUUGAAAUAUGCAAGGGUCAUCUGUUUUUCCAUCUCCCAACAUGAGCUCAUUGGACUGGAAAAAAGGACACUACGGUUCAACCCUGCAGGACAUGAACAAUUACACUUUCUCCACAUACUACCAACACUCUCUCCCUGUCGCAAUUAUAUUUAUCUUUGCCUACAUCUUGAUUUUCUUUUUGUGCAUGACUGGUAACAUAGUUGUUUGCUUCAUUUUAUUAAAGAACAAACAGAUGAGGACUGUCACUAACAUUUUCAUUCUAAAUCUGGCCAUAAGUGAUCUCCUUGUAGGCAUAUUUUGCUUGCCUAUUACCCUUAUGGACAAUUUAAUAACAGGAUGGCCGUUUGAUAUAUUUAUUUGCAAGAUGAGUGGCCUAAUACAAGGAGCAUCGGUGUCAGCAUCUGUCUUCACCCUUGUGGCCAUUGCAGUGGAAAGGUUUCGGUGUAUCAUCUACCCAUUUCAGCAGAAGCUCACCCAAAAACAAGCCUCUGUCACCAUUGCGUUUAUCUGGACCCUGGCUGUCAUCAUCAUGUGUCCAUCUGCAGUGAUACUGACCGUCUCCAGGGAUGAGUGCCACUUCAUGGUGGACAGUCAGAACAACACCUAUCCGCUCUACACCUGCUGGGAGGCCUGGCCCGAGAAGGAGAUGCGAAAGAUCUACACCACGGUGCUCUUCUCCCACAUCUAUCUCGCGCCGGUCACCCUCAUCAUCAUCACGUACGCCUGCAUCGCCCUCAAGCUCUUCAGGUCUGCCGCCUCCGUCGGGGACGUCCACGCCGACGACGACAGACACAGGGUCUCCAGGAAGAAGAUCAGGGUCAUCAACAUGCUGAUUUUUUUGGCGCUGCUGUUCACGGUCACCUGGCUGCCCCUGUGGACCCUGAUGCUCCUGACGGACUACAGCAACCUGACCGCCAGCCAGCUCAACCUGGUGACGGUCUACAUCUUCCCUUUCGCCCACUGGCUGGCCUUCUUCAACAGCAGCGUCAACCCCUUCAUCUUUGGCUACUUCAACGAGAACUUCAGGCGCGGGUUCCAGGCGGCCUUCAGGUUCCAGCUCUGCUUCCUGAAGAUGCGGAGCCAUCGCAGAGCGUCAAAGAGGAGGACGCAUAACCGUGUUUUUGUGGAGGUCCAGCCUCACAAAUCUGGCAGUCACGAAAACAGGAAGCGGAAAGGUAUACACGGUGGAAAAAAACAAAAUGAGCUCGUGCUGGAAGACCUUGAUUAGAAAACGUAAUUAAUUAUCUAUCCAUCCUGUGGCAAGGUUGCGAUGGAGAGAAAAUGUGAAUUGUAAUUCUAAAGCUAAACUUGUCUUACUUUGAGUGAAAUGAAGUAGGCUACAAAUAAUGCUUUGCCAUUCUGAUCAAAACAAAUUUUUGCCACAUGGGCUAAUAAUUAAAAAACCCUGGGAGCGAUUUCUGCUUUAAUUUACUCAAGUUGAGCAAGCUAGCUCAUGGCAUCCAGUUUUCGACUUUUCAUUCAAAUGAAUUGCUUUCUCUUUGAGUCUCGAAAUGCUACCAAUGGCUGUGUGAAUAGUAUGACCAAUAAACAACACAAAUGUCAAACACCAAAAAACUAUUUGCUCAGAAAAACAGGAGUCAUUAUUUUGUUGUGGUUCAAGUCUGAGCCAUCACUUGUAAUCUUUUGAAAAAAGACUCUGGAAUUUCUACAUUUACAGAAUGCAGUGUAUUUUAUUUUCUUGCGUUUUGGCAAUCCUGCGUUAUUGUGACCACUGACACUAUAUGGUAAAAUAUAUUAAUAAUAUUAAUUCCACUGCAAAGCUGACAGGUCAUAAACUACUGUAAAUAUCUAAAGUAUCCUUCAUCACAGACAAAAACUGUCAUCUAUGCACUAAAACGGAAAUAUUAUCAAAAACACCAGAAAGAGAACCGUCCCUUUAAGGGAAAAAAUUCACCCAUAAAUAUCUGCAGAUCAUAAGACAAACACCCAGAGUAGAUGCAUGUAAUGCCCUGCUUCACUUCUCCACGUUAGACAAAUUACUCACAAUGAUGUUGUUGAGAAGAACUAUACUUUGGUUUAAUAUGGAAAGUAGUCAUUUCUGUUCAUGGUAUGAAUUGUCAUUGUCUUUCAAUCGUCAACUCUAAUCAUCAUAUACUUGAAUAAUUAUAUAUACACACGUGUGGGUCUUUGUCUGCAUCGAUACAGCAAGUCAGCAUGUCAGUACAAUGCUUCUGUCUUCUUAAACGUAUCUUGAAACUCAGUGUGUUUGCUAUUUUCAUGUUUCACUUGCCUCAAUUUCCUGUGUCUUUAAGAUGUUGUUGAAAUGCUGAACUACAAAAUUACACCGAGGAAGCAGUAUUAUGUUAUGAAUCAGCUUAAUGAAUUAAUUACAUUUAAUCAUUUUCUCUCUCAGUUUCUUGUAACAAGUGAGCCAUUCUCAGACUAAAUAAGUCAUUUUAACUAUGGUUUAUUAGUGUUGGCUUUUUAUUCUGGUGAAAAGGCUAAGAUGACAAUAGAUAAAUGUUAUGAACAAUUUCAUAUACUGCCAGCACUGUUGUUUCCUUAUCUAAAUUCAUAUAUACAUAUAUAUAUAUAUAUAUAUAUGAAUUUAGAUGCUGAAUACUGACUUAAAUAACUUAAUUUGUCAAUGCUGUGACUCUUUUUAACUGACAAAUAAGUUGUGUAGCUAGCUAGCUAGCUCAAAAAAUUACUGUUUUGAGCACUGACUGCACUUUACUUGAAACUGUAUUAACAUUCUGGCAGUAGGAAUACAGCACCGCUCUUCCCCUACAUCAUCAAUGACCUCACACAAUGGAUGCAGGAACUGCUCUCUCAGACCUCUUUUCAGCAUAAUCUUUGAAAAUCCAUCAUUUUGUGAUGACUCUGUUCUUUCUUGAUGUUGUAAUUGCUUCUCAAUGUAUCAUUACUUCUUCCUCUGCUUGCACUGUGGUUGGAUGUUGACAUCAGCUGAGGGUUGCGUACAAUGCAGGAAGUGUUGGUUUGUACUAUGAAGGCCUGUUCAUGCAUGCAGACACAAUGACCGUUGGGGCCACAAUGAUGCAAUUAUGGUUUCAGCUGCAGUCACCCGGCUGCAAAUGCUUGAGUGCAGUCGAUCGUGUACAGCUUAAAUUUUCUGACAGUAGCUUGUACAAAAGUGAAAUAACAUAAAUAUGGAAAUCUACAAGACAUGCUUUUAGUCCUGAAUAUUUGCAUUUACCAGAAUUAAUUAUUAUGAAAGGUUUUGCGAUUGCAGACAGCUAGUCUGUGUACUGUAGGGGGCAGGGUAACAGCUUGUCUUUAUUAAGUUUAUCUUAGCUUUAAGUCAUCAGACUAACGUAAUGCAUCUGCUGCUCUCCUAAGAAGUUACAUGCCCCAAUCCUUUCUCCUUUGAAAACUGAUCAUAUGCUUAUUGCCAGUAACUGUGAAAUGUUUGUUACUAUUUUGUUAAGCCAUUGUCAAUGUCUACUCAAAAUAUAUAUUUCUGUCAACCUA